AUGUUGGCAACAACUUCUCUUACGCCAUUUAACCGCCACUUUUCCCCACUUCUCCUCCCUACCAAAUCCAAUUUAAAUCUCUUUGCCCAAAGUUAUAAGUCUCCCAUCUUCAGAAAUGGCAGAAACCCAUGUCCCUAUUCCACUUGUUGCUCACUCUACAAGAAGCUAACUCGAGUUUCUGCCACAAAGAAACAACAGCAGCAAGACGAGCUCCUACCAGAAACAGGGGAUGAAGAUAAGUCAUUACAAGAACAGGGUUCUGAUGAAGACACUGAUUUGGGAUGGUGGCCUGCUUUUCCUCAUGUAAUGAUUGCUUCCAUGUCCAAUUUCCUUUUUGGAUAUCACAUUGGAGUCAUGAAUGGUCCUAUUGUGUCGGUUGCCAAAGAACUUGGCUUUGAAGGGGAUUCUUUUCUUGAAGGACUUGUUGUGAGUAUUUUUAUUGCCGGUGCAUUCAUUGGAAGUUUAAGUUCUGGUGCUUUCGUGGAUAAGCUUGGAUGUAGGCGAACAUUUCAAGUUGCCACCAUACCACUUAUUCUGGGUGCAGCUAUUUGUGCACAAGCCCAUUCCUUAGACGACAUACUUUGGGGAAGACUUCUGGUUGGCCUGGGCAUUGGUGUUAAUACAGUCCUUGUUCCUAUUUAUAUCUCAGAGGUUGCUCCAACGAAGUACAGGGGUUCAUUGGGAACGUUGAGUCAGAUUGGAACAUGUCUUGGAAUCAUUGCCUCGCUUUUUCUAGGACUUCCCUCAGAAAGUGAUCCUCAUUGGUGGAGGACAAUUCUUUGGGUUGCAAGUGUCCCUGGGUUCAUUCUGGCCAUUGGGAUGCAAUUUGCUGUGGAGAGUCCUCGUUGGCUAUGUAAGGCGGGAAGAUCAGAUGAUGCUGUAGAAGUGAUCAGGAGAGUCUGGGGGCCAUCAGAAGUCAGCAAGGCUAUAGAAGAGUUCCAGUCUGUCAUUAGGAAUGAUGGAGCUGAUCUUGACAGUAGUUGGCUGGAGCUCUUAGAGAAGCCCCAUUCUAGAGUUGCAUUUAUUGGAGGUUCCCUUUUUCUACUUCAACAGUUCGCUGGUAUAAAUGGAGUUCUCUACUUUUCAUCCUUGACCUUUAAGGAUGUUGGAAUCGCAAGUAGCUCUUUGGCGAGCUUAUAUGUUGGACUUACCAAUUUUGCAGGGGCACUUUUUGCCUCAUACUUGAUGGACAAACAGGGAAGGAAAACGCUUCUCAUCUCAAGCUACUUGGGAAUGGCCAUUUCGAUGUUUCUUAUUGUGUUUGCAAUCAGCUUCCCUGUAGACAAGGAAAUUGGCAACUCCCUAUCUAUAGUUGGAACUACACUGUACAUAUUUACCUUUGCUAUUGGAGCCGGGCCAGCAACUGGUCUUGUUAUUCCGGAGCUUAGCAGCAGCAGAAUGAGAGGAAAAAUCAUGGGAUUCAGUCUAUCUGUUCACUGGGUUUGCAACUUUUUAGUGGGAUUAUAUUUCCUUGAACUGGUGGGCAUAUUUGGUGUGGCUCCAGUUUACGCGGGCUUUGCUGCUUUUUCCUUGCUCGCUGCAGCAUUUGCCUACUAUUUUACGGUGGAGACUAAAGGACGGUCGCUUGAAGAAAUCGAGAUGUCUCUAAAUCCUAGUUUCCGGGGUAGGAAUUAG